GAAUAUUUCCUGUUAACGAAGAUUGAGCCUUGGAUUGUUUCAUCGCAGUGAUAUACAAAAAAAAGUGAAAUGGUUGGGCGAAGUUUCCCAACAAUAGUGCUAUUUUUGUGCUUUCGAGUGGUAUUGACGACGUUCGGACCCGGUUUAAGCGGAAGUUCUGGGUUUUCUGGAGGAUCUGCCUAUGGAUUUGGGUCAGGAGGAUUUGCUGGGUCCCAGCAGAGUAGUGUUUCGCUAUCACGAGGAUUGGCUUAUGGUGGCGGAGGAGCAGGAUUAUCGCGACAAUUUGCAUCCUAUGGAGGAUUCGCUGGUUAUCCGACCAAUCGAUUCCGUUAUCUCGGAGCACCAGGCUUCGUUGGCAUUCCAGUGCCGAUUGUUCCUCGGUGGAGUUUCGCCGCGCCAGGAGUGCUUGCGUACGGACCUCACGCCGAUGGGUCGUUUACAUUUGCGUAUGCUGCAGGCGCUGGCGGUGGAUUUAGGACCUUGGCUGGGGAUUUUGUAGACCCUGCUGUUGUAGCUGGUAUAUCUUCAGGGCAUGGGUUCGGAGCCCCGGCUGUAGGUGGUGUUACGACUUCAACUGGGACUAGUCCAACAAGAGUGUCCAGUACAACAGCAACUACUACAACAGCAAUUGAAUCCAAUGGGGGUGGAGUUGUGUCAUCUCGUAUGACUGCUGUAGUUGACCCAGAUGAUAGUUUAGGAACUGGAGGUGCUGGAAUCGGAGGGGGCGGUAGUGCAGGUUCAGGUCUCACCGGAGCAGGUUCUGGUUUGAAUGGAGCAGGCUUUGUAGGAGGUUUAGGUGGAGGCAGCUUGGGUGGAGCGGGAUUUUCUGGAAACGGAGCGGGGUUAGCUGGAGGAAGAUUGGGUGGAUUUGGAGGCACUGGAGACGGCUCAGGGCUAGGUGGAGGUGGUUUGGGUGGAUCAGGAUUGGCCGGAAAUGGAGGGGGAUUAGGUGGAGGAAGAUCAGGUGGACUUGGAGGUGGAGCAGAUCUAGGUGGAGGUAAUUUGGGUGGGGCAGGAUUGGCUGGGAAUGGGUUAGGGAUAGGUGGAGGUGGUUUGGGUGGGUCAGGAUUAGCUGGGAGUGGAGCAGGACUAGGAGGAAGCAGUUUUGGUGGACCAGGAGCUAUUGGAAAUAGAGCAGGCCUUAAUGGAGGGAGUGCAGGUGGAUCAGGGUCAAUUGGAAACGGAGGAGGUAGUCUAGGUGGGGGAAGUUCAGGUGGGCUCGGUGGCGCGGGUGCAGCCAGUGGGGGCAAUGUAGGUGGGUCAGGAUCUGAUGGAAAUGCCGCAGGACUAGGUGGGGGCAGUUCAGGAGGGUUUGGUGGCGCUGGAAACGGGGCAGGGUUAAGUGGAGGCACCUCGGGUGGAGGAAAUUCUGGUUCAUCUGGGCUAGGUACAAGCUCUAGUGUAGGGGGAGGUGGAGGACAACACAAAAGAGAUACCCCUUUCAAUACUGAAAUUCCUGAAUCAGCAUUCACUAGGUCAUCAAAUGCCGGAUUGCCUACCGAUGGUUUGAUACCCAGAUCGGGUAAUAAUGGUCUCUAUAGUUCAGAUGAUCAAACGAGUUCAUUCGGAUUUGGAAAUGGUAACUUGCCACUUUUCAGUUCUGGUUACGGCAGGGGAAUUGUGAAUACUAACCCCGGUGCUACUCAAUCAAAUGAUGGCACUAGUAAUAAUUUUGACGGCUAUGGACCAGGCAGACAUAACUUUCCGACCUAUCCUGAAAUCCACAAUAGAAAUAGACAAUUCCAAGGCUUUUCCGGAUAUGCUGCUCCAGGGCACGGCUCAAAUCCGAUAAAUUAUCGACCUGAUAACAAUUUUGGAUCUGUCCCCGGUUUAUCUUCCGAUGACGUUAGGUUAGAAGCACCCAGAUUUCAUUCCGUAAAUGGUGAUGGAAGCUUUGGAGGAAAUCCGUACCCCACAGUUGCUAACGGUUUUAUUCCGAGAUUUCAACCAGAACCAUCAGGCCUGGGAACACAGGCUGGAUUAAGUCCUGGAAUUGCGCUCGAACCGGAUGCACGAAGCAUUGGAGCGAAUCCGUCUCAAAAGGCAGGAAUUGAACCAACAAAUGUAGGCGGUCCUUAUGGGUUUGACUCAAUAAACAAUGGCGAUGCUGCUCCAGGAGUCAGGAAUGGAUUACCGAAUACACCAGACAGCAGUUUAGGGCGAGGCUCACCAGACUUGGUGAAUCCAACGUUUGCAAGAGCCCCUUUCUCGACAAGCGGAAUUCCUCCUCGGGCAGUUUUAAGACCUGAAGAAGUACGCAUUGCUAGUGAAUUUCAUCCUGGCUACUCGAAGGUACCUUCUGUUACAUCAGGCAAUGCUGGACAGGAAACAACAAGUCCUUCAAACAAAAUCAAUACAAGACCAUGGGGUGACAGAGGGACGAUUGGACCAAACUACGAUGGAAUUUCUAACUCUGCAACUCCGGGAAGAUCUGGGUUCCCAUUUAUGUCAAACCCUGGAGUACCAAGAGAUCCUUUUGGUGGAUCAAGACCUCAAAAUUCAUUCAAUCCGUAUGGUCAAAGUCCUCCGAGUUCUGUUUAUCCAUGGGGUCCAAACAAUCCCAGACCUUCAUCAGCAGAUGCGCUUCCGUAUGGAUCACCCUUUGAGAGACCAGAAAGCAUUCCUGGAUUAAACAGACCCGCUCAACCUUGGUUGAGUGGAAAUGAAAAGGGCUUCACCCCACCAGGUUUGUAUCGUGGUUUUCACGGAACAAGUCCUAGUAAUUAUCCAAAUCACAUACCAACACGUGGAAUAACAAAUCCAGCCAGAACUAAUUUACCAAGUCCAACGCAACCUAAUCAGCCGGAAUCGGAAGCUGGGAAUUCGUCAAGUUUAGGUAAUGGACUUGAUAGUGGGAUCUCAAAUAAUAACCAACAUACAGGGCCUAAACCAACUAACAAUGGUUAUGAACCUGUAUCAACAGGAGGAAAUUCGUCUGAUCGAAAAAAUAUUGGGGCCACAAAUGGAAUUGGUAAUGAUCCUAAUAAUGUUGAAUACGAUUCACGCCCAAAUAAUGCUAAAAGGAACGAUCAAACAGGUGGUACAAAGACGAAACAACAAGAGAAGUCUGGAUCUCCUGAAGGAACGAACCAACAGGUACACGGUUCUUCGGGAGUACCAAAUAGAGCUACAUCGAACACCGGACCAACUCAAAUAGCUAACACCAACGUAGGCCGACCUGUAUCACCAAACACUUCUAGUACAGAAUCAAACUCAGGUCCAAAAGGCAUAGAAGAUGCAGCUGGAGUGGAUUCCUCUGGUAGGACUACUGGCAUUCCCGAGAAUUUGGGAAACGAUAAAUCCCAGGCUAGAACGGACGCUAGAGUAACUGAAACUAACAAGGUAGGAUCAGAUAGACCACAAAGUCUACAAGACGGCAAUCGAAAUCCCACGAGGCCAAGUUCUCCAAGAGGAACACAGAACAACCUUCCAACCAAUCCCAGUGUUUCACUGUCCCAGCCCAAUUCAGGAAAUACCAAACAAUCUGGGUCACCGAAUAAUGAAGCAACAGGUUCUAACUCUAACCGACAAGCAGGUGCAGGAAAUGAUAAUCUUCAGAAACCUGAAAGAAUCGGUUCAUCUAACACAAAUGAAAAUCUUAAUGCUCCACGGUCAGCGUCGUCGAAUGCAGCUGGAAGAAGCCCUUCAUUGUCCGGGAAUUCAGGAUUUCCAGAUCGAGGACAGCUGAAUGGGAAUGUGAAUGACGCUCCUCGUUCAUCGGAUUCUGAUUCGCAAGAUAGAUCUAGUUCAACGAAUAGUGCUCCAGGAAAUGCAGCUGGAAGAAGCCCUUCAUUGUCCGGGAAUUCAGGAUUUCCAGAUCGAGGACAGCUGAAUGGGAAUGUGAAUAAUGCUCCCCGUUCACCGAAUUCCGAUUCGCAAGGUAGAUCUAGUUCAACGAAUAGUGCUCCAGGAAAUGCAGCUGGAAGAAGCCCUUCAUUGUCCGGGAAUUCAGGAUUUCCAGAUCGAGGACAGCUGGAUGGGAAUGUGAAUAACGCUCCCCGUUCAUCGAAUUCUGAUUCGCAAGGUAAAUCUAGUUCAACGAAUAGUGCUCCAGGAAAUACAGCUGGCAGAAGCCCUUCAUUGUCCGGGAAUUCAGGAUUUCCAGAUCGAGGACAACUGAAUGGGAAUGUGAAUAACGCUCCCCGUUCAUCGAAUUCUGAUUCGCGAGGUAGAUCUAGUUCAACGAAUAGUGCUCCAGGAAAUUCGGCAAGGUCUAGUCUUGGAACAAACGGUAAUGACGGCACAGGAUCAUCCAACACAGAUCAAAAUCAACGAGGAAAGGAUCUUACGUCUGGAACGACGUUGAUAGGUCAGUCGGUUACAGGCAGGUCUAAGGAAAAUGGGAACUCAAGGGUUUCACAACCGGGUCAAACUUACUCGCCAAGCUAUCGGCAGGACGGGCCUGCUGCGACUUCACUCGGUUCCAAAGACUCCCCAAGUGAUAGAACUGGAAUAAGUGAAAACAGACCAUUAGGAACUUCACCUAGACAACGUGGCUUCAACACGGAUGGACAACAAGGUACGAAUAGAAAUUCUCAAGGUAGAUCAGGUUCGUCAGCAAGUACAACGAGAAGCGAUAGCUUUCAAACACUAGGAAGACCAGCCUUGAACGGGAAUACUACUACUCCGGGUUCAGGAUUAUCAACUGCAGCUGGGGGAAGCCCAUGGUUGUCAAGCAAUCCAGGCUCGCUGACAACCGAUCGAAGGCAGGUGAGUGGGAAUGCAAAUAAUGCUCCCCGCUCAUUGAACCCAGAAAAAGGGUUUAAGAAUCCCAACUCUGAUGGUCGAUCUAGCACCAUAAAUAAUGCUUCUGGAAGAUCGACAGGAUCUGACUUAGGAUCAAAUGGUAACGACGGUCCUAAAUCAUCAAACAGAGGUCAGAGAGGAAGAGAAGAGGUUCCUAUUGCCGGAACUUCGGAAACUAAUGCAAAUGGAGGUUCACGAUAUUCACAAAUAGGUCCUUUUGGAUUAGAUGGCACAGAUAGGUCUGGAGCACCAAAUUCUUGGUUAAAUGGGUCAAGUGGGAGCUCAACUAGUCCCAAGGGCUCUGGAUCUAUAAUCAACGACAGGAGACCCUCAGCAACUUUAGCAAGUCAACGUAGCUCCAAUAGGGAUGGACCACAAGAUACGCAAAAGAAUUUUCCAAGUGGAUCAGGAUCGAGUGGAAGUUCAACUGGAAAUGUUUUAGCCCCAAAUCCAAGAUCCAAUGAAGUAGAUGCCUCGGAAAUACGGGGAUCAGGCCAACAAAAUGGUCAUGAAACUACAGGAAACUUGGCUGGCCAAUUAUCUACGACAGGGAACGAUGGAGAAUUCUCAGGAAACAACGCUGGAUCCAGAGUGGGUUUACCGUCAGGAUCAUUUGGGCAAAAUACAAAUUCACCAAUAGCUUUGGGAGGAGCGGAUCAAGGCUCAUCUUCCGGAUCAUCUUUUAGACCACUAGGAGGAAACUCAAUCAGCUCCGGGUUUGGUUCUGGAACAAGUGGUAUUAACCGAGGCUCCCCUUCUGGUGGAGCUCUGAGGUCUACAGGGAGCUUUGGGGCCGGAAAUUUCGGAGACAAUACUUCUGGAAAUUUAAGGGGUCAAAAUGGAAUAAAUGGAUUCGGUACUAGCGGGUCAUCAAGUCAAGGUGGAUUUGGGCAAAAUAGAGGCAUAGCUCCAAACUAUCUAACAAACCCUAAUCCUUCUGGCAGCUUAGCCACUAACCAAGGUACUGGUACUCAUAACGCCGGACAACUAACGCCUGGACGGACAAAUGGGGUUGUUGGGCCCCAUGGAAAUUCGAGACAUUUUACUGAUACGCCAGAGGCAAUUGGGUCAUCAAAUGGUCGGCAGUUGAUAAAUAAUGAAAAUGUUGCCGUUUCAGGAUAUCCAUCUGAAAAUGGUAGAUCAUUAUCAGGCCAAGCCACUGGAUUAGGUACCGGUUUCAACAACGGUGAACGAUCUCUUAAUUCUCGAACGGUUGGCGGAAUCAGAGGAACGCAUUUCAAUGGUUACCGGAAUGGAUUCGGUUCAAGUGGAUUUCCUAAUGGAGGUAGUCCAUUGAGGAAUGCCAAUGCCGAUGGAACAAGUUCAACAGGAACAGGAAAUGGUGUGAUUACUAAUUCUGGCGUUAGGACCUACACUCAGCCACGGAGCUCCAGCUCCGAAACUAACGGUCAAACAUUUUUCCAAAAUGGACAAAGCGGAUCGGGACAAUCUGGUAGUUUUGCCGGAAGGCAAAUUGGUGAAAGCAAUUCUGUCUCGAAUGGAGAUACCAGUUCGUCAAAAGUUGUAAAUUAAAAAACUUAUAUCGUGAAAAUAUAGAUUACAAACGCAAAUGUAUUUAACAUUUAAUUUCAGGAGAAUCAAAUAAAAACAUAGUCAAUGUAAACAUGAAAA